UGAACGCAACAUCCCAGCAAUGAAUUGAGGUUAGAGGAUGAAAACAGUAAUGGACAAGGAACGCACAUAAGGUUGUUUAUGUCAUACCACUGACUGGCACUUCACGAAAACCACGAAAGGAGACAAGAGAGAGUCAGGAACCAUGGAGGCUCGCUUUGGUAAUAUUGUGUUCAGCUCCAAGUUUGACUCAGGGAACCUGGGACGUGUGGAGAAGGUGGAGAAGGGAAGCUCCAGCCCUCCUACCGAUAUAGCGCCCAGUGGGAACACCCUCUCAGGAUCCAACCUUACCCCUGACUAUGAGUUCAAUUUGUGGACACAGCCAGACUGCGCCGGCACGGAACAUGAGAAUGGAAACAGAUCGUGGUUUUACUUCAGUGUACGGGGUGCUGCACCAGGGAAGAUACUGAAGAUCAAUGUGAUGAACAUGAACAACCAGAGGAAGCUCUACAGCCAGGGCAUGGCUCCUCUUGUACGCACUUUACCUGGCAAGAACCGGUGGGAAAGGAUCCGAGACAGACCCACAUGUGAGAUUGUAGAUAACCAGUUCAUCCUCUCGUUCACUCACCGGCUGUUGGAGGCUCGCGGGGCAACCACCUUCUUCUCUUUCUGCUUCCCGUUCUCCUACAGUGAGAGCCAGGAGAUGCUGCAGCAGUUUGACAAGAGCUUCACCAAUUCUGCUCAACUCAGUCCGAGCAGUGCCCCGGAAAGUGUGUAUUAUCACAGGGAGUUGCUGUGCCACUCUCUGGAUGGCAAUAGGGUGGACCUGCUCACUGUGACCAACUGCAACGGGAUGCAAGAGGAGAGAGAACCCCGCCUGCCUAAACUGUUUCCAGACACAAACACUCCACGACCACACCGCUUCUCCAGCAAAAGGGUGUUUUUUCUCAGCAGCAGAGUGCACCCCGGGGAGACUCCGUCAUCCUUUGUGUUCAACGGUUUCCUAAACUUUAUCCUAAGAAGGGAUGACCCCCGUGCUCACGCACUUAGAAACAUGUUUGUGUUCAAGCUCAUUCCAAUGCUCAACCCGGACGGGGUCGUCCGUGGGCACUACAGGACUGAUUCCAGGGGUGUGAACUUGAACAGACAGUACCUGAACCCCAGCCCUGAGCUGCACCCUUCCAUCUAUGCAGCCAAAACACUUUUGCUCUACCACCACACACACAACCGCCUGCACAACACACAGUCCAGCACUCACUUUAACAGCACCUCAAACAUGCAGUCCCCGCCCCUUAGCAAUCCACCCGCCAAUCAGCACCAGUCUCCUCCCUUCACAGCCCUUGAAGUUAGCUUAAACCAACGAAAUGCGGAGAAAGACGCAAAUCCUGCAUCGCCAGAAGUUCCCAUGGUGAUGGAGGAAAACGGCUGGGUUACCAACGAGAUGGAGAAAGGGGACCUAAACACGUCAUCAAGCUCUCCGGAGACUGUACUUCCUGUUACUGUUGAGGAAACAGUACCACAGGUGGAGGAACAUGAGUCAAUUCCAGCCCAGGAGGCGGGUGUGGCGUAUUAUGUGGACCUACACGGCCACGCCUCUAAACGGGGGUGCUUCAUGUACGGAAAUAACCUCUCUGACGAGAGCCAGCAGGUAGAGAACAUGCUGUAUCCAAGGCUGAUAGCCAUCAACUCGGCCAACUUCGAUUUCCAGGGCUGUAACUUUUCAGAGAAAAACAUGUAUGCACGAGACAAGAGAGACGGCCAGUCCAAAGAAGGCAGCGGGAGGGUGGCCAUUCACAAGGCCAUAGGGCUGCUUCACAGCUACACUUUGGAGUGCAACUACAACACUGGAAAAUCCAUGAACACCAUCCCACCUGCUUGCCAUGACAACGGACGGGCAACCCCACCUCCACCUCCAUCAUUCCCUCCGAAAUACAAUCCAGAAAUAUUUGAGCAGGUGGGGCGUGCCGUGGCUAUCUCAGCCCUGGAUAUGGUGGAGUCUAACCCCUGGCCUCGCCUGGUGCUGUCGGAGCACAGCUGCCUGACGAACCUUCGAGCUUGGAUCCUGAAGCACGUCCGCAACAGCAAAGGCCUGAACACACACAUCCACGCUCAUCCUGUGCCAAGAAUUCACCACAACGGCAGCAAGGCCUCCCCGCCAAAGAGCUUCAACAACAGCUGUCUGUCUGGCUCAGCGUCAGAGAACGCCCUCAGUCGCAUUCGCUGUAACAGCCACAGCAGCAGCAGCCAGACGCCCUCCCCGAAGAUGCACAACUCCCCCAGCUUUACGUUCGGCUGCCCCCCGCCCCGCACCCACACGCAGCACAACAGCACGCAUACCAGCGGACGCGGAGGCAACAAAGCACUCGGGCCGGUCAGGGACCCUAAGCCUCAGGAGAAGAGACGCCCCCCCCACCACCGCUCCAUCCUACGGUCUCCCAGCAAUAGCCACACACCCUCCCACCCCCCCGCCUCACCCCCUUCCUCUUCCUCUUCCUCGUCUUCCUCGGUGUGUGCGGUGGGCUCCUGUCCCAUCGUGGCCUCCGUCACUAUGACAGGUCUGUACUCCCUCCAGUCCCCCAGCCUCUCGACCUUGCUCCCCUCCCUGCAGGCUCUGCCCCGCCCCGGGCUGCUCUCCAAACUGAGCCCCCUGCUCCUUCAGAGCCUGCCGGCACCCCCUACCUCUCCAGCUGGGUCCACACAGGACUCAAUCUGACCUGACCUGUGAGAGCUUGGGCGUAGGUGUGUUUUGCUGAGUGAGUGUGAGCUCUUAGAACUGCUUGGAGUACCAGACAAGGUGUUAGAAGCUAUAUUAAGAGACUGUAUUUACAGAAACGGCAUCUGCCUGAUACUCCAAGUACUCUCGGUCAACACAAGUGCAAAUCACUGCUUGGUCUCCGGUGUGUGUGUGAAACUGGUGCUAACAAUUCAAAAACAUUUCCUUAAAUACAUGUAUCGUUGUUUUUCAUUCUGCACAUAUCUGUUAAAUAUGAAGGUUCUGAGAGGUAAGUGAGAAACAUUAGAAACAUUUUAUUCUGCCAUGUUUUAAGUUAUUAUGUUUUUAUUAAACUAGGACCAUGCAUACAAAUACAUUUCUCAAAGAGAAGAGACGAUUUAUGCCAUUUUCUCUCAUUUCCAUCUGCUGUCCCCAGGCAUGUACACACACAAUAAUUAAUAAACACUUAAAACAUGAAUUAGUCUCUAUUACACUCACAAUCAUACAGACUGUAUCAAUCAAUUGCUUUUUUUCCUGUAUUAAUGAGCGCAAAACAGGUGAAAAGAAAGGUUUUGCCUCAGUAAUCUAACUUCAUUCCAAAAGGUUUUGGCUUUUUGCCAGUAUAGUCUUUCUGAGUUACUUGAGUUUAGUUUGUGGAAACGCCUUAAAUCACAGGAAAGAAAACAUUUAUAUCAGACCUUGAAAAUGGAUUAUAGGGCUUUUGUUUCUCACUUACCUCUUUGGGUGUCUGUAGUUUAAAGACAUGUUUCUACAGUAUUAGCAUUUUAGGAUGAAUAUAACACUUGAGAGUGGAAGCGUUUCUAGAAUCUCAACUGUGACUGAAAAGUUUGAAUUUGAUUUCAAACCAUAAAUCAAGCAAGGGCAUCUUGGCUAAAUAAUCUCCCUUUUCUCCCAGGACUCACAGAACAUAUAGAUAUUUGCGGCACACAUUAAUAUUAAAAAAAAAUUAUACUAAAUGAUAAUAUUACUUGGAUUAAGUAUUUUUUUCAGUCUGUAAUAAGUUGCAAAAAAUACCAUGUUACUGUGCUGACAUUUGGGGAAUAGCCAGGGCUUUUCAUAACACUGUCUUGUUUUUACACGGUUUCUGUUUUAAUGGGAGCUGUUUAAAAAGAGCUCAAAUUAGAAUGAGAUACUUUUGCCAUAUUGCACUUACUUUUUUUGAUUAUUUAUUGUUGUAUUUAUUUUUUUGAGAACUUUUAGAUUGAGCCGGAACAAAGUGUGGCUUCUGUGUUUGUACAUUUGCUGAAAGCUACUUCUCAACUCAGUGUAUUUUGCUCUGUAAUUGUUGGGGAAAUACUCAAUGUACUCUUCCAAUAUCAGAGUAGUGCAUGAUAACAACUGUGUACGUAACAGGAUGUAUGAUAACCUAGAAGAGCGUCAGGACACAAUAUGAUAAGCUAUGUGACAACGAUUAACAUGAUGAUUUAGCCUCAAGCAUGAACAUUUCUGACGUGGGCCUUAGCU